CAAGUUUGGCCUGCCCCUUUAAACAGCAGUGCAGCCCUAGUGGUGAUUAUCGGACUGUCCGAUUCCCUGGAAACUCUGCGGCGCAGCUCUCACUUUAAACCGGGAUCAUGGCGGCUCCGCUCGGGCGGGACACACUACCUGAUCACUGGUCCUACGGAGUGUGCAGGGAUGGCAGGGUUUUUUUCAUCAACGACAAAACUCGCGGCACUACUUGGCUCCAUCCCCGCACUGGUGAACCUGUCAACUCGGGACACAUGAUACGAUCAGAUUUACCGCGGGGAUGGGAAGAGGGCUUCACCGAGGAAGGCGCCAGCUACUUUAUAAACCACAACCAGAGGACGACCACGUUCAGGCAUCCUGUGACGGGACAUAUCUCCUCAGAAAACACUGACUUCCUUUUACAGGACCAGGCAAAUUUACGCAUGUCCAAGCCACCACCAGAGCUGAGGCCUCCCAGCAUGGUCAGCGAGUCCUCUGUCGCCAUCUCCUCUUCCCCAGCGGACACCACCUCAGGAUCCAGGAAUUUGAAACCCAGUGGGAAGGUGCAUUGCUUUGGCAAGCGUGACCAUUCCAUCAAAAGGAACCCCAAUGUCCCAGUGGUGGUGAGAGGAUGGCUCUACAAACAGGACAGCUCAGGCAUGAGACUGUGGAAGAGGAAAUGGUUUGUGUUGUCUGAUUACUGCUUGUUUUAUUAUAAAGAUAGUCGAGAGGAGACUGUUCUGGGCAGCAUUCCUCUUCCCAGCUAUGUCGUUUCUCCCGUGGGACCCGAGGACCACAUCAGCCGCAAGUACACCUUUAAGGCCUGCCACACGGGAAUGCGCUCCUACAUUUACAAUAAGAAUUCUCUGAUUGGCUCGCAGGCCGAGCACUGUGGCAUGAGGACAUACUUCUUCAGCGCCGACACACAAGAGGACAUGAAUGGCUGGAUCCGGGCCAUGAACCAGUCCGCACUGAUGCAAAGCCAUGGCGUGAAGAGAGAGGCCGAAAGAAGCUCUAAACUCGAGCAGCACGCAGUCCCUCAGACCAACCAUUUCAGCAGCAGCAUCAAAAGCUCCUCCCAGACCGAGGGUCUCCAGCAGACGCUGCAUGUAGAGGUGGCAGAGCUGAGGCCGGAGCGGGAUGGGGACGAGUGCUAUGUUUACAGCAAGGAAGUGUUGGAGGAUUCUGUUAAAACCAUUUCCCCUGGAGAGAUGGAGGGGCUUUCCCAAUCAGGUGCCCAUUCUCGCCCGUCGUCCACGGUGCCCUCUCACAGGAACGGGCUGCCCUCCUCAGGCAUGCCCCCUGAUCAGAAUGGGAACGUGGUGUAUAAGAGGGGUCUCGUCCCCCGUACAGACACAGAGAAAAAGGUACAAAGGAAAACUGCGCUGGCUCAGGUCGAGCACUGGGUGAAGGUGCAGAAAGGAGACCCCAAAAGCCAUCCCACUGCUGAGUACACCCUACCCAGACGGACACCUCCUCUCCAGCCUAAGUCCGUCAUGAUGGAUACGUACCAGUCGUUGCCAAAGACCACUCGCCACCACUCCGGAGGCAGUUCCCCCCCAGUGCCCCGCAACCUGCCUAGUGACUACAAGUACGCCCACGACCGUCUCAGUCACUUUCGUAUGUCCACUGACGAGAGGAUGGCCACUAAAGAAGGCAUGGUGUGGCAGCUGUACGAGUGGCAGCAGCGCCAACAGUUCCGCCACGGAAGCCCCACCGCGCCAAUCUACACCGGGCCUGACUACAUGGACACGUCUGGCUUCAGGGUCACUCUGGAAAUGCCACGAUCCAUAUCUGUGCCACCAUCACCAUGUGACAUGACCCCAACCGGGCACCCUUCCAGGUCCUUGUCCCCACGCAGGCCCCACACGCCCUCCGACAGGGUGACGGUGCGCCCGCUGGAUGAUCUUGCCACCGUGGACACACCCAGUUUGGGUUCUCCCAGAGGAAUAUGUUCCCAGAUCUCAAAGACCUCGCAAAUAGAAAGGAGAUCCAUGCCAAUGAUGGGCUACAUCACACACACAGUCAGUGCACCAAGUCUUCAUGGAAAAACGCCGGAGGAGUUGACCCUGCUGCUCAUCCAGCUCAGGAGACACCAGGCCAAGAUGGCCAGCGUGCACAGCGACACAUUCACACACCUGCAGAACCAGCACAACGGCCUCUCAGGGCCCAUUUUGCAGGCAGAUGACACUUACAUCCAGCUGAAGAAGGACCUGGAGUAUCUAGACCUGAAGGUAACUGGACGGGACUCUCUUAAAGAUCGACCACCUCGGCCUGUUAAAAUAGCUGAAAGUGACAUAGAUGUUAAGCUUAGUAGGUUAUGUGAGCAAGACAAGAUCCUACAGGAGCUGGAGGCCAGUAUACGCACACUCAAAGAAGAUAAGGACAAGCUCGAGUCAGUUCUGGAUGUUUCCCAUCAGCAGAUGGAACAGUACCAGGACCAGCCCGCCCAUGCAGAGAAGAUCGCCUAUCAGCAGAAGCUGUUACGGGAGGAUGUGGUCCACAUCAGGGCGGACAUCUCACAGGUGUCCACGGAGAUGGAGAACGCUUGGGCAGAAUACAACCACUUAGAGAGAGAUGUGGACAGACUGCGUUCAGUCCUUCAAGACCAGAUGACCCACAGUGCUCUCUCUCAGCAGGAGAAAUCUCAGCUGAGGAAGGAGCUGUGGCGGAUCGAGGACGUGCUUGCAGGCCUGAGCUCCAGCAAAGCCAACUACAGAGUGACCAUUGACUCUGUGCGUAAUCCAGGUGAGAGCGGGCCCCUGCCUGCCAUCACUCCCAUGCACUGGAGCACAGACCGAGAGAGGAAGCUCGUGCCUUCGGCGUCAUUGUCCGCAGUGCCUUCACUCUUCACUCCAUCCAUGGGUGAACUGAAAGCUGCUCAGUCCAGUCCCCAUCUCAGCCCGGUGCAGUCUACCCAGCAGCCCCUGCAGCUCUCAAACCCAGCCCACAAGCAACAAUGGCUUGAGGAAGAUGCUCCACCCAGACCCCCCCUGCCUCACCUCUACAGCCCAGAUGAACACCCCCCAGCUGUUCCCCCUCUCCCCAAAGAGACCUCCGUCAUCCGCCACACAUCAGUCAGGGGCCUGAAACGACAGUCUGAUGAGCGGAAACGUGACCGUGAGAUCGGGCAGUACACUAACGGAGAUCAUAAGGUUGAGAUCCGGGCAUUCCUCAGUGAGCCUGAACUGCUGGCAGUUGGUGGACAAAUGGGGGGCUUGAGCCGUGACAGUGGCUACCAAACUCUACCAAACAGAGGUCUGACUAGCUCAUCUUCAAGACUGAACCAGUCAUCAAACAUUUCAUCGUUCGUCACCAUUAGAAGAGGACUCACCACCACAAGCUUGAAGGAGAGACCAAAGAGUGCCUUGGAGCGGCUGUACUCUGGGGAGAUCGUGCAGCAGCGCGGACGCAUGAGCGCCGAAGAGCAGCUGGAGAGGAUGAAGCGUCACCAAAAGGCUCUCGUACGGGAGCGCAAGAGAACGCUCAGCCAGGGCGAGCGGCAGGCCUCCACAUCUCGCUCCUCCUCCUCCUCCUCUGCAUCCAGACCCGUGUCUGCAGACCUGGGAUCAUGGAGAAGAGAGCAAGACUUUGAUUUGCAGCUACUGGAGCGGGCCGUGCAGGGUGAGGAGAGACCAGUCGAACACAAAGAGAGACAGCGCUCUCACUCAGACGAAUGGCUUACCCUGAGUAGCACACCCAUGAGAGAGUUGGAUCUGGAGCCUCUGGACUACCAGCUGGACCUCAGCAAAGAGCUGUCAAAGCCUCAAAAGGUGGCCAUCCCUGAGCGCUAUGUGGACAUGGAUCCAGAAGAGCCCCUCAGCCCUCAGGAGAUGGAGGCCCGGCAUCGUAAAGUGGAACGAAUCAAGAGCAUCCUGGCUAAGUCUAGUGUUCAGAAUAUACCUCCUCCAGCAGCAGUAGACAAGCCAGUGCUUCCAGACAUAGACUCUGCUCUACAAGAGCAGGAGAGAAUCAUCACCAUGUCCUAUGCCUUAGCAUCAGAGGCCUCACUCAAGAGCAAACAAGUGGCAGCCUCACCGCCGGUUAACAGUCCCACCUCACUCCCUCAACCUCCUCCACCUCCUCCUCUUCCUCCCCCCACUCCUGCUGCCGUCUCUACGGCUCAGUCUGCUCCCCCUCCCCUGAGCAAUGGAUUUCACUACACCUUUGUCUAAUCAGAGAAAACAAAAAACAAACCAAAGCUGUGUCUGGAUAUUGAGGUGCUGUCACAUUCUGAAAACCCCACAAACUUAAACUCUGCUUAUCGAAUCACAUCGCUCACAUUUAGAGAUGACGUUAGCGCACUUUUGGACUCACAUGGGAACUCACUUCUGACAAGCAUUUUUGUAGAGCUUUUAUUUGAUAUGGACAUUUUGCUGUGGAAACUGCUGUGCACAUGCUGUACAAGAUCUAACCAUGAUAACCCAGAUAAAGAGAGCCAUUUUAUAUACAUUAUUGCACUUUUAAUAUGCACCGUAUUGUAGAGAACAUUUAAAAGCUCAUGUUUCACUUCACAAGGCAAGACGGAAGUCUGGAUGGAUUUCAGUUUGAAAU